AUGUAUUCAGAAUCCAGCGUCGCCGCUAGGGAUCUCGAUAUCUCUCGGUUUCCGAUCGAGCUCCUACAUGCUGAAGUCGCAAGACGACAGGAUUCCGGGAGCAAACCAGCAUGUGGGUCAUCGCAGAGCGACGAGGAGUACAAUGUCGCCAGUCAUGUGUUUGCCCUGUUACUCAUCUUCGCCUUGAGCACGCUCGCAUGCUCGUUUCCAGUCGUGGCACGGCGCUUUCCUCACCUACCUAUACCUCACCGAUUCCUAUUUUUGUCCAGACACUUCGGCACGGGCGUUCUCAUCGCGACCGGGUUCAUUCACCUUUUACCUACAGCUUUCGAGUCCUUGACUGAUCCCUGCCUCCCCGACUUCUGGAGCAAGCACUUCCGACCGAUGCCUGGUUUUAUUGCAAUGCUCGCGGUGUUUGUAGUGGUGUCGAUAGAAAUGUUUUUCGCCAGCAAAGGAGCAGGACACAGUCAUAGCAGCGAAUGGGAGGGAAUGCCCGCUGAGCCAAGGCAUGCGCACAUGGGAGGAGGAGAAUCGUCUCACGGAAACGGCCAGAUAUCACUCAAUCAACUAGACACGCCUCUGACGCCGUACAAUGACGCGACACCGAAGCCGCGGAAUUCCCCAUCCAGCGACUCAGGGUCCGACGAUGAAUUGGACGAGUUGGACCCUAUAGCAGAUGAGUCCGCGACUCUGAACCAUCCGCAUCAGAGGAAGCUAUCGGAAUAUGAUGACAACGCUUUACGUCGACACGGCAACCCUUCGGAUGAGAAUCCUCGACGACUCUUCCUUCAGUGCCUCCUCCUCGAGGCGGGCAUCUUGUUUCACAGUAUCUUUAUCGGAAUGGCCGUUUCGGUCGCCACCGGGACCCAGUUUGUGGUCUUAUUGAUAGCCAUCUGCUUUCAUCAGACCUUUGAAGGAUUCGCAUUGGGAGCGCGAAUAGCAGCCUUGAUACCAAAACUGUUUGACGCGAGCAGCCCGAAGCCAUGGCUCAUGGCGCUCGCCUACGGAACGACAACACCAAUUGGGCAAGCGAUCGGCAUAUGGAUGCGAGAGUUAUAUGAUCCUGCUUCCAAGGUCGGACUUCUCAUGGUUGGAAUCACCAAUGCCAUUAGUAGUGGCCUGCUGCUGUUUGCUGGACUUGUACAGCUCAUUGCAGAGGAUUUUCUUAGCGAGAAAAGUUACGAGAGCCUGAAAGGGUGGCGAAGGAUCGAGGCUUGUCUCGCUGUCGGCUUGGGUUCGCUUUUGAUGGCCAUUGUUGGAGCCUUUGCAUAG